GCCAGUGGAACUCCUUUGCAAGGCUGGGCUGUAACUUGAACCCCAGGAGCUGUAAGAGAGGGAGAAACUGAGGGGGAAAGACACUGGGCAAGAAAGAGGAAAAUAAAAAGGAGGGGGAGGGAAGGAAUGAAAGGCAAAGAGAGAGUAAUGUCAGCUGAGUUCAGAAAGUAAACAGAGGCACAGACUGCAGCAUGCUGUCUGCGGGACAGGAACAACAGCUGGGGCAAACCCAUGGGAACAUUCGGACAAUCCGACUGACCAACACCUUUAUGUCCAGAAGAGAGGGCUGGCUCCUCUCUGUCUCCCUUAUUUUCAUCUCUUUGCCCUUGGGGACAGCAUGGCCUUACGAUUACAGGUACUUGUACAACCACUGCCCAGGUCCAGAGUGGAGCGUUAUGUGCAGAGGCUGCUGUGAGUACGACGUUAUCCGCUGUAAGUGUCCCCUCCAGGGUACUCAGGUUGGCUAUGCUGUGCCCUGCUGCCGCAAUGCAAUCAACGAGUGCGACCCCUGUAUCAUCCAUCCAGGAUGCAGCAUUUUUGAGAACUGUAAGCGUUGUAACAACGGAACGUGGGGGCCCCAAGAUAACUUCUUUAUUAAUGGAAAAUACUGCGCUGAGUGUCGCCCCGGCUGGUCUGGAGGAGAUUGCAUGAAGUGUGGAGGAGUUAUCCGUAAACGGCAGGGCCAUUUGGUUCUUGAGAGCUACCCCAACAAUGCAAGGUGUGAGUGGACCAUACAAGUGGAAAAACCGUUUACUAUUGAAAUCAGGUUCAUGAUGCUGAGUCUGGAAUUUCACCCUUCCUGUCGCUAUGACUUUGUAGAGGUACGUGAUGGAGACAGCAUCAACUCUCGUGUCAUUGGUAGAUUCUGCGGGAACAAUCGACCUGCCGCACUCCAGAGCUCUGGCAACACUUUGCACAUUUUGUUUGUUUCUGAUGGUUAUAAGAAUUUUGAUGGAUUCUUCGCUACUUUCCAAGAAAAUUCAGCUUGCAGCUCAUCCCCUUGCCUGCAUGAUGGGACUUGUAUUCUGGACACUUCUUACACUUACCACUGUGCCUGUCUAGCUGGCUAUACAGGGGAAGAGGUGUUGGUGGGAUGCCACAGGCCUCCAGUGCCCAAACAUGGUUCUACAGAGGGCCUGUUUCUACAUUCUGGUUCUCGCAUCACUUACCGCUGUGACCCGGGCUUUGAACUGCGGGGGUUUCGUACUGCCAUCUGCCUGACCGAUGGCACCUGGAGUGCAACAGCACCUGAAUGUGUGCCAGUGGAAAGAGUCUGUACUUUACCACCCAAGCCAGUAAAUGGUGACCACCUGUUGGUGUAUGGACCAAAUGAUGUCCUCAUAGCACUCCAGUAUAUGUGCAACCAGCCCUAUGAACUCAUUGGGAUCUCCCAGAGAACCUGCCUCCCAAACAACACCUGGAGUGGGACUCCUCCUUUUUGCUCUAAAGUGAAUAACACUCUAACUGAGUCUGAAAAAGAUAAAAAUAAAGUGCAAGAGGCAGACACUGGCAAGGGAGUAGAUAUAGAGAGUGAGAAAGAUAACAGUAAAGCUAAAGCGAUACCUCAACAAAACACAACAGAAAAAGGAAGUGCUGGCAGGGAAGAUAUAUACUCUUGGGUAGAGAACACAACAUCAGUGGACACUGAAGAUAAAUACACUAAAACAGUUCCAGAAAAUACUGUCGACACAGGUAAGGAUGAAGGUGAUUUAGAAGAAACAAAUACUGGAUCAGAGAGGCCCAGCGAAGACAAAAAAAUUGAAGUGGAUCCUAAAAGCACUGACAGCAGGGAUAACACAGUUGAGGAAAAAGAACCAGAGGGACCAAAGGCACCAGAGAAAAAGGAAGAAAGUUCAGACCCUGAGCCAGAGAAAGGGAAGGCUAACACCACAGAAAUAGUGCCAAAAAAAGACAAAGGGCAAGAAGAGAAGCAACGAAAAGAUGAACAAAUUAAUGGAAAGAGAGACCCAGAUAAAUUUGGCCCAAAUGACACAAAACUGAAGACGAAUGUGUCUGAGGGUGACACCACUGCGGAAACAUUUGAGCUGGAUUUGACAAAGAACAGCACAAACUCUCCGAACUCAAAGGAUGCAAAGAAAGAAAAUAACACCACUGGAUCUCCGACGACAGUGAGGAAAAUUGAUCCCUCUCGAAUUAAUGUGACACAGUACACUUUGUACAGAGCAAAUGGGGAAAAUGGGAAAACAAAGGAAAAAUCUCUUACUACCAAAGACGAAACCGAAAAAGAUUCCUUAGAAAAAACUAAGGAGUUGGAAAGAAAGAAGGAAGAAAGAGAAAAAGACAAAGAAGUCAACCAAAGCCAAACAGAGAGGAGGUGUCCUCCUCUUCCCCGCUUGUACAACGGCUACCACCAGGUGGUGCCAGGGUUGGAUCUAGAAACUAUGGAGUUUAUGUGCAACCACUCAUAUGCUCUCAGCGGCAAUAAAAGGCGAACCUGUCAGCCAGAUGGUACCUGGAGUGGCAAGCAGCCCUUCUGUCUCAGAGCAUGUCGAGAACCCAAAGUAUCAGAACUGGUCAAGCAAAAAAUUUUGCCACCACAUGUACCGUCCAGGAAGACGAUCGUCCACAGGCUCCUUUCCUCUGCAGUCAACCAGAAGCUCCAGGCUGUGGGGCCCACUAAAAGUUCCCCAGUGCUUCCUCAGCUAUCCCAGGGCUUCCAUCAUCUUUACACCCAUAUUGAGUAUGAGUGUGCUUCUCAGUAUUAUCAUCACUUUGGCAGCGCUCGGCGCACAUGUUUAAAGACAGGGAAAUGGAGCGGACGCCAUGUCUCAUGUUCACCAGUCUGUGGGAAACAUGUAAACUUUGACCCAGAGAGGCCAGAAGAGGCUCACUGGCCCUGGCUGGCGGCCAUAUACCGCCGCUCCCUCAAGGAGACCGAGACUAAGGUGACAAAGGGAAGCAACCAGGACGAAACACUGAAGAAAGAUGCUGGAGACAGAAGUAGCAACCUAAAUCAGGCCUCUGACUGGCAGCUUGUCUGCAGCGGGGCUCUGGUUAACCAAAGGAGUCUGGUAGUUGCAGCUCACUGUGUGACAGAGCUUGGAAAGAUGUAUCCUGUGGAUACAGCCACCAUCAAGGUGGUCGUUGGGAAGCACUAUCGCAAUGACCGCAGGGAAAAUAAGGGUCCUCAACACCUCAGGGUGAGCUCCAUUGCUGUGCAUCCAAAUUACGAUCCUAAUAUUCUUGACUCUGACAUUGCUGUUAUCAAGUUAUUAGACAAGGCAAGAAUUGGAGAAAAAGUCUUGCCGCUCUGCCUGUCAGAGAACGAGGAGGAAGAGGUUACAUCAGAUCAAGGGCUUGUGACAGGCUGGUCUCCAUUGCAGGAUUCUAGUUUGGGCCUUGAGGAAAAGGCAAGGGUUGGGCUGGUUCACCUUGCUGAUAUAGUCCCGUGUGAGCAUCAGUAUGCCCGUAACGGUGUGCCGGUCAGUGUUACAGACAAUAUGUUAUGUGCAAGCCAAAAACCUGACUAUGGUCCAUCUAACAUAUGUCCGUCUGACACUGGGGGCAUCCUUGUCCUCCCUGCCAACUCUGGGAACCAGGUCAGCUAUAAUUCAAAGUUCUCUCAGGUGCAAAAGGACAACAGAGGCUUGUGGAGACUCCUGGGACUGGUGAGCUUUGGCUAUGAUCAGGGGGAAUGUGAUCCUGAACUCUACACAGUUUACACACGUGUGGAUAACUUUAAAGACUGGAUUGAGAGCAACAUCAAAUAAAGACCUGGCCUCAGAGUACUCAUUCUGUCCAAUGUCUAACGCAAAAGGGCAUUUUCCAAGUAAAUGCAGACGCAACACUGGACAAUAUAAUGCUUUAAGUGAAUUGGCGUGGUAGCAAACCUAGAUGUGUUAAGCAAUUACCUCUUCCUCUGAAUAGCUCAAAGUUUGGGUGCCUUAGACUAAUGUUAAGACUUGAAAAUGACCAGAAAACAAUUCAGAUGAUCAUUCUAACUAAUAAAGGUUUGGAUUGUAAUAUCUAUUAAGUCCGUGUUCUGAAUAAUAACAGAACUAAUGGUGCAAAAGAUGUAUAUAAUGUAUUAAAAGACAUAAUGUAAAAUGUUGCAUUUUUUUAAUAAAGAAAAUAGUGUGUUAAAAGGUA